AGAGCCCCCGCCGGCGCACGCCGCCGACCCGGCUCCCUGGGCGGCGCGCGCCCCCGCCCUGCAAGGCACAGGCGACGUUGGCCCACUGCACCCUAAGUCCGUCCUCCCGUUAGGCGGCGAGCGCCGGAGGGGAGGGGACAGCCAGGAAGGCAGGAAGCUACAGCUUAAAAGGGCAGCCCGCGCGGGGCCCUUCCUCCCUCUGUCCGUCCCCGGGCCUGUGAGAGCGCCUGCCUCUGCGGCCUCCGUCCUGCCGACAUGUACCGGUGCCUGGGUGAAGCGCUGCUGCUGUCCCGCGUCGGGCCCGCAGCCCUAGGCUCGGCGGCGGCCGACUCGGCCGCGCUGCUGGGCCGGGCCCGCGGGCAGCCCGCCACAGCCGCCGCCACCCCGCAGCCGGGGCUCGCGCUGCCCGGCCGGCGACAGUACAGCGAGGCGGCGGCCGACCGCGAGGACGACCCCAACUUCUUCAAGAUGGUGGAGGGCUUCUUCGACCGCGGCGCCAGCAUCGUGGAGGACAAGCUGGUGGAGGACCUCAAGAUCCGGGAGAGCGAGGAGCAGAAGCGGAACCGGGUGCGUGGCAUCCUGCGGAUCAUCAAGCCCUGCAACCAUGUGCUGAGUCUGUCCUUCCCCAUCCGGCGCGACGACGGCUCCUGGGAGGUCAUCGAGGGCUACCGGGCCCAGCACAGCCAGCACCGCACGCCCUGCAAGGGAGGUAUCCGUUACAGCACUGAUGUGAGUGUAGAUGAAGUAAAAGCUCUGGCUUCUCUGAUGACAUAUAAGUGUGCAGUGGUUGAUGUGCCAUUUGGGGGUGCCAAAGCUGGUGUUAAGAUCAAUCCCAAGAACUAUACCGAUAAUGAAUUGGAAAAGAUCACAAGGAGGUUCACCAUGGAGCUGGCAAAGAAGGGCUUUAUUGGUCCUGGCAUUGAUGUGCCUGCCCCAGACAUGAGCACAGGCGAGCGGGAGAUGUCCUGGAUUGCUGACACCUAUGCUAGCACCAUAGGGCACUAUGAUAUUAAUGCCCAUGCCUGUGUUACCGGUAAGCCCAUCAGUCAGGGUGGAAUCCACGGACGGAUCUCUGCUACUGGUCGGGGAGUUUUCCAUGGGAUUGAAAACUUCAUCAAUGAAGCUUCUUACAUGAGUAUUUUAGGAAUGACACCAGGAUUUGGAGAUAAAACAUUUGUUGUUCAGGGAUUUGGUAAUGUGGGCCUGCACUCUAUGAGAUAUUUACAUCGUUUUGGUGCUAAAUGUGUUGGUGUUGGUGAAUCUGAUGGGAGCAUAUGGAAUCCAGAUGGUAUUGACCCAAAGGAACUGGAAGACUUCAAAUUGCAACAUGGAACAAUCCUGGGCUUCCCCAAAGCAAAGAUCUAUGAAGGGAGCAUCUUGGAGGCUGACUGUGACAUAUUGAUCCCUGCUGCCAGUGAGAAGCAGCUGACCAAGUCCAAUGCACCCAGAGUCAAAGCCAAGAUCAUUGCUGAAGGUGCCAAUGGACCGACAACUCCAGAAGCUGAUAAGAUUUUCCUAGAGAGGAACAUCAUGGUUAUUCCAGAUCUCUACUUGAAUGCUGGAGGAGUGACAGUGUCUUACUUUGAGUGGCUGAAGAAUCUAAAUCAUGUCAGCUAUGGCCGUCUGACCUUCAAAUAUGAAAGGGAUUCUAACUACCACUUGCUCAUGUCUGUUCAAGAGAGUUUGGAAAGGAAAUUUGGAAAGCAUGGUGGAACUAUUCCCAUUGUACCCACAGCAGAGUUCCAAGACAGGAUAUCGGGUGCCUCUGAGAAAGACAUUGUGCACUCUGGCUUAGCUUACACCAUGGAGCGCUCUGCAAGGCAAAUCAUGCGCACAGCCAUGAAGUAUAACCUGGGAUUGGACCUGAGAACAGCUGCCUAUGUCAACGCCAUUGAGAAAGUCUUCAAGGUGUACAAUGAAGCUGGUGUGACCUUCACAUAGACCGGACCAGACUGCAGCUGACUUCUUCACUACCCUCUUCACCUCUUCAUCUGCAGACCUAUCACAAGUUUACAUGUAACCACAGAAAUCUCUCUCUCAUGACUUAAUAGAUAAUGGACACCAUUCUCAACAAGUCAAUCCAAAUCAGCCCCUUGAGAAGAAACGGUAGGGGAUCAUAAAUAAGCUAAUAAGUGACAGUAGAAAUGAGCUAUGUCAGAGAGCCACUUGGGCACUUUGCCUUUAAAUAAUAAAGUCGUUUCCCUCUGCCUGUGCUGCCUUGUUCCAUGGCUGUUUCCCAGCACAGUCAGCUGUAGCCCUGGGAAAAGCACCUUUUGUCCAAGAGCAGUCAGUCACUUGCCACUUCAGCUCUGGACAGAUCUAUCAGGUGCUCUGACACAUUUAAGAAGCAGGUAUAUGGCAUUUUCAUGAGGUAGCAUGGUCCUCAAGUGAGUUAUUGGUAUUUUACAUCAGCAAAAUAACUCAAUUUUAUAGGUUACAAACAAAAAAAACUUUCUCUUUAUGCAUUUUAUUCUUUUAGAAUAAAAUAAGUACAUGCUGCUGUAAUAAAAUUGCCUUUAAUCACUUAACAAGCCUAACCUUGACUCAAGCAGUGAAUGCCUGUAAACAUAAUGAAAAAAGCUAGUAUUUUUAUAACAUAAAACAGUAUCAUUUAUAACUUGUCAAUUGCAUAUUGUCAUCCAGCAAAAAUAAAAAGCCUGGUAGAGAAUUAAGUUAUCUUCAUACCUGCAAAUGACGGAGGCUAUUUUUGUUAAGACUGUUGGAAUUUACUAACCACAAUUAUGACAUAUAGUCCAAAGAAUGCAGUAACCUCCUUAUCAUGUUAAUUAAUUGUCCUCUUUUGAAGAUCUGUUGUGUUGAUUAAUUGAACAAUAAUUCAAGUAGAGUGCCCCAGAAGAAAACCACGUGGGCCCCUCUGGAGUCUGGCUGGCGGCUCUGAGCAUUGCCAGUGGCCCUGGCUCUUUGUCCUCAUUUAGCGGCCUCAUCUUCUGCACACGGCUUCAUUCCCAGUGGGCUGGAAACAACCUGGGGUUGUGUUUUGGGAGUUGUUUGGCCAGGGCCUUUUGAACAGUGGUGUCCCAAUGAAGUACUAGAUAUUAUUUAUGUAAGAAUUAGCUUUUCUUUUUUUUUUAACAAUAAUAUCCUUUCAGAAAUUUCUAACUACUUUAUAACUGCAUGACUUAACCUGGUGACAAAAGCAGUUAUUAAAAAGACUACCUUUUCCAAA